AUGGACUAUUCGGCAAAAUGCCGACUUAUCAGGCUUAUAGAAGAGGAGGAGCCUAUAUGGAACACAGGGAUUGACGACUACUCCCGGCUCGACAAGAAAAAUGCGAGUUGGAAUAGAGUUCAUAAGCAGAUGCUCGAGUGCGGCUUCAAUGGAGGAAUGCUCGAGUUAAAGACGACGUGGAAGAAUCUCAGAGAUCAAUGGCGUAAGAAUUCACUGAAUAAAUUGACGGGGAACACGACUAAACCAUGGACGUUCGAAAAGCAUCUCCUCUUCUUAGCCACGGCACAGACUGAAGUG